GGCACUAUUGUUGAGUUGGAAUGCUAGGAUUAUCAUAUUGCUUUAGGGGACAGGACGAUUUAAAGGAGGUACCUUGCAGUCCUAUUUUACAGAUUGGAAGCAUCGGUUUAAGGGCACUGGCAGAAUCCUUUGCUUGUUCUCCGCAGCAGCCACUGCUGUGUCAGUACAGUGUGGAAUGGAAGUCCUGGUUGGUAGUCUGUUAUGGAAACGCUGUUUACUGUUAUUGUAGUACCGUGGUGACAACAUGCCAUUGAAAUGGAAAACGAGCUCUCCUGCUAUCUGGAAAUUCCCAGUUCCUGUGCUUAAAACAUCCAGGUCAACUCCACUUUCUCCAGCAUACAUAUCUCUUGUGGAAGAGGAAGACCAACAUAUGAAACUGUCCCUUGGAAGCAGCGAAAUGGGCCUCUCUUCCCAUUUGCAGUCUUCCAAGGCAGGAACUACACGCAUCUUUACCAGCAAUACCCACAGUUCUGUCGUGUUACAGGGAUUUGACCAGCUUCGACUUGAAGGAUUGCUUUGCGAUGUGACCCUGAUGCCAGGUGACACAGAUGAUGCCUUUCCCGUGCAUAGAGUCAUGAUGGCGUCUGCUAGUGAUUACUUCAAAGCCAUGUUCACAGGUGGAAUGAAAGAACAAGAUUUAAUGUGCAUUAAGCUUCAUGGUGUGAGCAAAGUUGGUCUAAGGAAAAUUAUUGAUUUCAUUUAUACUGCAAAGCUUUCUCUUAAUAUGGACAACCUUCAAGACACGCUGGAAGCUGCCAGCUUUCUACAGAUUCUGCCGGUUUUGGACUUCUGUAAAGUAUUUCUUAUAUCCGGGGUCACUUUAGACAAUUGUGUUGAAGUUGGGCGGAUUGCAAACACCUAUAAUUUGACUGAAGUGGAUAAAUAUGUCAAUAGUUUCGUCUUAAAGAAUUUUCCUGCACUGCUGAGCACUGGGGAGUUCCUGAAACUCCCUUUCGAGCGUCUUGCCUUUGUGCUCUCCAGUAAUAGCCUUCAGCAUUGCACUGAACUUGAGCUCUUUAAGGCCACCUGUCGCUGGCUUCGCCUGGAAGAGCCUCGAAUGGACUUUGCUGCAAAAUUAAUGAAGAACAUCCGAUUUCCACUGAUGACACCACAGGAGCUCAUUAAUUAUGUGCAAACAGUAGAUUUCAUGAGAACUGACAAUACUUGCGUGAAUUUGCUUUUGGAAGCCAGCAAUUACCAAAUGAUGCCAUAUAUGCAGCCAGUUAUGCAGUCAGACAGGACUGCCAUUCGUUCUGACACCACUCACUUAGUUACACUAGGAGGAGUGCUGAGACAGCAGCUGGUUGUCAGUAAGGAAUUGCGCAUGUAUGAUGAAAAGGCCCAUGAGUGGAGAUCCCUAGCUCCCAUGGAUGCUCCAAGGUACCAACAUGGCAUCGCUGUCAUUGGAAAUUUCCUCUAUGUCGUUGGUGGACAGAGUAAUUAUGACACAAAAGGAAAAACAGCAGUCGAUACAGUGUUCAGAUUUGAUCCUCGAUACAAUAAAUGGAUGCAAGUUGCAUCUUUAAAUGAAAAGCGCACCUUCUUCCACCUAAGUGCCCUGAAAGGAUAUCUGUAUGCAGUUGGUGGACGAAAUGCAGCUGGGGAACUGCCUACAGUAGAAUGUUACAAUCCAAGAACAAAUGAAUGGACCUAUGUUGCCAAAAUGAGUGAGCCUCACUAUGGACAUGCUGGAACUGUGUAUGGAGGGGUGAUGUACAUUUCAGGAGGAAUUACUCAUGACACGUUCCAAAAAGAGCUCAUGUGCUUUGACCCUGACACUGACAAAUGGAUCCAGAAGGCACCGAUGACCACUGUCCGAGGCCUGCAUUGCAUGUGUACAGUGGGAGAAAGGCUGUAUGUCAUCGGUGGCAAUCACUUCAGAGGAACCAGUGAUUAUGAUGAUGUCUUAAGCUGUGAAUACUAUUCACCUAUCCUUGACCAGUGGACCCCUAUUGCUGCCAUGCUAAGAGGGCAAAGUGAUGUUGGGGUUGCUGUCUUUGAAAAUAAAAUCUAUGUGGUUGGUGGGUAUUCUUGGAAUAAUCGUUGUAUGGUAGAGAUAGUGCAGAAAUAUGAUCCAGAUAAGGAUGAAUGGCAUAAGGUUUUUGAUCUCCCAGAGUCCCUUGGUGGCAUUCGAGCUUGUACACUCACAGUUUUUCCACCUGAAGAAACUACACCAUCACCUUCUAGAGAGUCCCCUCUUUCUGCACCCUAACAUCAUCCCUACAACUAAGAUGCUAUAGUCUUAUCUUUGCAAUGUGUCAUGAAUUCUCUUCUUUUUUCCCCCCUUAAGUAGUAUAUGUGUUAGAAUUAGCCUCCAGUAAUUGAUACAGAUACCGAAAAAAAGAUGAUAUUGAUGUUACUUGUGCUGUUUGUUUGGCCUAGAGUGUUUCUAAAGUGAUAACAAAACCAUCCUGAAACUGUAUCCCAUAGAAGCUGAUAUUUAACAUAUGAAAAAAGGUAUUAUCUAUGAAAUGUUUCUUCAGUACUUUUUAAUGCUGUGUACUGGGUGUGAGGUAUUUGUCAUCUUACAUUAUAAGCCAAGUUGAAGGUGGACUAUAGUAAAUGUACAACCGUGCUCACUAGGCUUCGAAGUAAAAAGUUUUCCUUUUGUCUUUGAUUGUAAGAUGUCAAAGGGAGGCAGCCUGCUCCAAUGGGAAACAACAUACAAAAGGUUGCCAACUCGCAUGAGCUACCUCCCUCUUUUCAUAAAGUAUUUUUGACAUAUCUGUCAACCCGCCUGACUGUGUGGGUGCAUUGAGAACAUAUAAAGUUUCUUAGACACACAGGAGAAAUAACUGAAAUUCACAGAUAUUGAUUUUAAAAAAGCAUGACCCCUCUGCUUAUUACUGAAAGGCUGGGGGUUUUUAAGUGUGUUUAAAUACACACAUGUACUUAUUUUAAAAAACACAAAAUUUUAAAAAUUGUCAAAUCAAAUAAGUGUGGAGUUCAAAAAUUUCUUCUCAGAAGCAGCUUCCAUUAAAAUGGGAAUUCAGUAUGCACAUACUGAAUGCACAGAUGUAGAAUCGUAUGAAUUUAAGUGUAUAAGGGCUAGAAAUUUUGAGCAACUAAAUUUGUCACUUGACCAAAUUUUAUCUUCAAAAAUUGUAUUCUACUCCUUCUCCUUUGCUGUUGAGGUAACUUGCAUACUAUAUGUAAUCUGUAUACUCUCAGUUUGUGAGGUUAUUUAGCACAAAAUAUAGCAGCUUCAUCGGGAGAGCUGUUUUUGCUCAAUGAAUUCAACUUCCAUGU